AUGACAUUUUAUCAUACUAUUACCCUUUCUCUUCGGUCAACAGAAGAAUAUGAACCAUAUGAUGAUAGAUAUCAAGAAUUUAAUAUAGGAUCAGAAGAAAAAAAUGAAAAAGGAUUAUUUCCAACAAUUUUUAAUUUGGCUACUAAUGCAAAAAUAACAGCUAAUGCAACUUGUGGUCAACGUGGACCAGAACAAUUUUGUAAAUUGGUUGAACAUAUUAUUGGCCGAUCACCACAAUGUGAUUACUGUGAUGCUAAUAAUAAAUAUAAAAGACAUCCUAUUGAAAAUGCUAUUGAUGGAACAUCAGCAUGGUGGCAAUCACCAUCACUUGAUAAUGGUUUAGAAUAUGAAAAAGUAGAUAUUGUAAUUGAUUUAAGACAAGAAUAUAAAAUUGCAUAUAUUAUUGUAAAAGCUGGAAAUGCUCCAAGACCUGCAACAUGGGUUUUAGAAAAAUCAUUAGAUGGUAUUAAUUAUACACCAUGGCAAUAUUAUGCUAUUUCUGAUUCUGAAUGUAUGAGACAAUUUGGUGUUCCUGCUACUGUUGGUGUACCAAAAUUUAAAAAUGAUGAUGAAGUUAUUUGUACUUCAUUGUACUCUAAACGUGAACCUUUAGAACAUGGUGAAAUUCAUACUUCACUUGUAAAUAAUAGACCAGGUGUUGAUCAACCAAGUAAAGCAUUAUUAGAAUUUACCAGAGCAAGAUUUGUUAGAAUUAGACUUCUAAAACUUCAAACAUUAAAUGCUGAUUUAAUGAUUAUUAAUAGACAACAAGGAAAACUUGAUGCUUCUGUAACUAGAAGAUAUUUUUAUUCUAUUAAAGAUAUUUCAAUUGGAGGGCAAUGUAUAUGUUAUGGACAUGCUGAUAGUUGUCCAUCUGAUCCAGAAACAGGACAAUUUAAAUGCCACUGUCAACAUAAUACUUAUGGUGAUAGUUGUUCAAAAUGUUUACCACUUUACAAUCAAUUUCCAUGGAAAUCAGGAACAAAUUUUGAACAUAAUAUAUGUCAACCAUGUCAAUGUUUUAAUCAUGCUGAUCGUUGUGAAUAUGAUGAACAAGUUCAUAAAUUACAAUUAUCCAUGACUCCAGAUGGAAUUUUUGAAGGUGGUGGUAAAUGUAUUGACUGUAAACAUAAUACUGCUGGUAUAAAUUGUGAAAUAUGUAAAGAUGGAUAUUUUAGACCAAGUGGAAUGUCUCAUUAUCGUGAAGAUGCCUGUCGUCCAUGUGAAUGUAAUCCAGAAGGAUCAGAAAAUAUGAAUUGUAUUAGAGAUGAUUCAGAAGCACAUGAUGGAAAAAAUCCUGGUGAUUGUCAUUGUAAAGUAGGUUUUGGUGGAAGACAAUGUGAUAGAUGUGCACCAGGAUAUAGAAAUUAUCCUACAUGUGAACCAUGUCCAUGUAAUCAAGCUGGUUCAUUAAAUUUUGAUUUAUGUCAAGAAGAUAAAUGUAUAUGUAAAUCUAAUGUUGAGGGUAUUUAUUGUAGUAAAUGUAAGAAAGGAACAAUUAAUUUAGACAUUAAUAAUAAUGAAGGAUGUCAAAAAUGUUUUUGUUUUGGUCUUAGUAAUACAUGUUUUGAAAAAAAAUGGAAAUUAGAUUCUAUUAGAGCUACUUCUGGAUUUAAUCUUACUGAUUGGCAAAAUGUUAAAAAUAUUCCUACAAAAAAUGAUCAAGAAAGUGAUAUUCUUAUGUAUACAACAAGUGAUUAUAAAAAUGAACAACCAUUACAAUAUUGGAGAACACCAAAACAAUUUUCAGGAAAUCUUCUUAAUUCGUAUGGUGGAAAUCUUAAAUAUUUUGUUUAUUUUGUUCCAUCACAACAAACACAAGUAUCACAUAUUGCAGAUGUUAUUAUUGAAGGUAAUGGUAUUCAACUUGAAUAUCAUAGUCGUCAAGAAUUCUUUCCACGUGAAAAUAAUUCUGUUGUUAUUCCAAUGAAAGAAUCUUCUGGUUGGUAUAAUAGUCAAAGUAGAAGUCCUGUUGAAAAAAUUGAUAUGAUGCGUGUAUUAAGUGAUGUAAAAUAUUUACUUAUUCGUGCUGUUUAUAGAAAUGGACAAAUUCAAUCAACAAUUUAUGGAUUAUCAUUAGAUAUUGGUAAAGAAAUUGAUGAACUUGAUGAAGAAGAAAAUAUUUUAUCAAGUACAACAAAUAAUAGUAUACCAUUAAAUAUUGAAACAUUAUAUUCUAUUAAACCAAAAGAUAUUAAAAAUUAUAUGAAAUCUGUAGAAGUAUGUGAAUGUCCUGAAAAUUUUGAAGGAAAUUCUUGUGAAAGAUGUAAAAAAGGAUAUAGACGUGUUAAUAAUCAACUAUAUGGUGGAAAAUGUGAAAAAUGUGAAUGUAAUGGUCAUUCAGAUGAAUGUGAUCCAUUUACUGGAGCUUGUAUUAAUUGUAAACAUAAUACAACUGGUGAUAGAUGUGAACAAUGUAUAGAAGGACAUGUUGGUAAUCCAAGUUUAGGAGGAAUUAUUGGAGGAUGUUCUCCAUGUGCUUGUCCAUCAUUAGAUAAUAAUCAUUCCAAAAAUUGUGUUCUUCUUCAAUUAGGUAUUCAUGGAAUAUUAGCUAGUAGUCAUGAAGAUAAUUAUAUUUGUACAUCUUGUGAUCCAGGAUAUGAUGGAAAUAAAUGUGAAUUUUGUGCAGAUGGUUAUUUUGGUGAUCCAUUAUCUAUAAAUGGAUCAUGUACACCAUGUGAAUGUAAUAAUAAUAUUGAUCCUUUAGAUAUUGGUAAUUGUGAUUCAAAAACAGGAAAAUGUUUAAAAUGUAUUUAUAAUACUGAUGGUGAUCAUUGUGAAAAAUGCAUUGAUUUUCAUUGGGGUGAUGCAGAUAAACAAACUUGUAAACCAUGUGGAUGUCAUACUGUUGGAUCUAAAUCAUUAGCAUGUAAUAAUAUGACAGGAAUUUGUGAUUGUAAAGAAAAUUAUAUUGGUGAUCAAUGUAAUAAAUGUAUUCCUGGACAUGGUGAUACUGAAAAUGGUUGUCCAUUAUGUAAUUGUAAUGAACUUGGUUCUGAAGGUACAGAAUGUGAUGAAAUUUCUGGACAAUGUUCUUGUAAAGUAGGAGUAUUUGGAAAAAAUUGUGAUCGUUGUCUUACAAAUUAUUUUAAUUUUACAAUUGAAGGUUGCCAAUAUUGUCAUUGUAAUCCAUUUGGUUCAGUUGAUGGAGGAAAUUGUGAUUCUGUAACUGGAGAAUGUGAAUGUAAAGAAAAUGUUGAAGGCAUAAUGUGUGAAAAAUGUAAACCAGGAUUUUAUAAUAUAACAAGUGGUUCUGGUUGUCAGGAAUGUCAAUGUGAUAAAAUUGGUUCAGAAUCAUUAAUAUGUGAUGAAUUUACAGGUAUUUGUAAAUGUAAACCAGGAGUUACAGGAGAAAAAUGUGAUAAAUGUGAACCAAAUUAUUAUGGACUUGAUGAGAAUGGAUGUAAAAAAUGUAAAGUAUGUAAAGCAGAAGGACAGGUAUGUGAUGCAAUUACUGGUGAAUGUAUUUGUCCACCAAAUACAGUAGGUGAAAUGUGUGAAGAAUGUACUGAAAAUGCUUGGGAUUAUCAUCCAUUGAAAGGAUGUAAAUUAUGUAAUUGUGAUACUAUUGGUUCAGUUGGUGGUAAAUGUAAUUCAUUAAAUGGACAAUGUGUAUGUAAAAGUGGUUAUGUUGGACCAAAUUGUAAUUUAUGUAGUAAUGGUUAUUUCAAUUUUCCUAAUUGUGAACCAUGUAAUUGUAAUACAAAUGGUACACUUCCAUCUCAAUGUAAUGGUGAUUUAUGUCUUUGUGAUAAUGAUGGACAAUGUCCAUGUAAAAGUAAUGUUAUGGGAUUAAAAUGUGAUGAAUGUAAAGAAAAUUCAUUUUCACUUUCUGGCCAAAAUAUUAAAGGAUGUACAGAAUGUUUCUGCUUUGGUAGGAGUGAUAAAUGUCAACAAAGUAAUUUAUAUUGGCAACAGAUAUAUGGACCAGAUAGAGAGGUAACCUUUGCUGCUCCAUUUAUUGCUUUUACUAAAAAACACAAUAUCCGCCUUCUUAAAGAAGAACCUGCUAAAUAUUUUAGCUAUCCAACAGAUAGUACACCACUUUAUUGGCCACUUCCAAAAAUUUUCCUUGGAGAUAAAAUAACAUCAUAUAAUGGAUAUAUAAGAUUUAAAGUAUAUAAUAAUGAUCAUAGAAAUGGAAAUUUACCAAUUAAACCAGAACCAAUAUAUUUUAAAUAUUUUCCACAAAUAAUUAUUAUUGGAAAUGAUCGUUUAAUACUUGAACAUAUUCCAAAUGAAAUUUCAAAUGAUGGAAAAUAUAAAAUUCAUCUUCAUGAAUCACAAUGGAGAUCUAAAUCUACACCACAAAUUAAAGUAACUAGAGAACAAUUAAUGACUGCUUUACAAAAUAUUCAAGCUAUUUAUAUUCGUGCAACAUAUAAUUAUCUUGUUCCUGGUGAUCAAGCUGGAAUGAAAGAAAUAUCAUUAGAUAUUGGAAUUAAAGAAGAAGAACUUGGAGAUGGACAAUUAUCAAUUAAAGCUAUUGGUGUUGAAGAAUGUUUAAAUUGUCAAUCUGGUUAUGGUAAUACAAGUUGCCAAAAUCCAUCACCAGGUUAUUAUAGAAGAAAAAAUAUAGAUUAUUUAAAUAGUCCAAAUGAUAUUGAUUUAAUAGGUUAUUCAGUUCCAUGUGCAUGUAAUGGACAUUCUGUUAAAUGUAAUCCAGAAACUGGUCGUUGUAUGGAAUGUCAAGAUAAUACUAUAGGUGAUUUUUGUGAAUAUUGUAAACCAGGAUUUUAUGGUAAUGCAACUAAUGGAUAUUCAGAUAGUUGUAUAAAAUGUGAAUGUCCAUCAAUUGAAAAAAGUUUUUCUGAUACAUGUAUACCUAUAACAUAUGGUAGAGGAUUUAUGUGUGAUAAUUGUAAAAAAGGAUAUACUGGAAUGUAUUGUGAAAAAUGUAGUGAUGGAUAUUAUGGUGAUCCAUCAAUUGAAGAUGGUAAAUGUGAAGCAUGUAAUUGUAAUCCUCAUGGAUCAGUACAAUUUACAUGUGAUAAACAAACUGGACAAUGUGAAUGUCGUGAUGGUGUUACUGGCAGAAGUUGUGAUCUUUGUGAAGAAAGACAUGCUUUUAUUGAAGGUAUCUGUACAACCUGUGACAAAGGAUGUACCAAAGAAUUAAUGUAUAUGGUUGAUAAAUUAGAAGAAGAAUUAGCAAUGAGUAAUUUUAGUAAUUUAAAACCAGUUCCAUGGAAAAGAUUAUCUAGAAUAGAAAAUACAACUAAAGAUAUUAAUACAUUUAUACAUAAUAUAAAAAUUGAUAAUGUAACAAUUGAUAAAAUUGACCCAAUAUCAUAUAUUAAAGAUGCAAAAGUUAUACUUGAUGAAUCAAAUUUUAUUAUGGAUAGACAAAAUAAAACUCAUGGACAAUUAUUACAAUAUAUUAAAGAUUCUGAAAUAAUAUAUGAUGAAGGAAGAAAACAAAGAAGAUUAAUUUAUGAUGUUACUGGACAACUUCGUCAAUUUACUUUAUCUGGUGGUGCUAAACUUCCAAUAGUUGAAAUUGAUUAUCUUAUAACAGAAAGUAAAGAAUUUUUAGAAGGUACUAAAAAAAGAGGUGAAUAUAUUGAUAAAAGAUUUCAUUCUGGUAUGAGUGCUUAUAAUAAAAGUAAAGAUUUACUUGAUCAAGUAUUUAAAAAAAAAUUAAAUGAAAGUAUAUUUAGAGAUAUUAAAAAUCAACUUGAUGAUUUUAUUGAUAUAUUAGAAGGAUAUCAAGAUACUCUUUGGGAUAAUGCUAGAAUUAAUACUAAAGAUGCAACUAAUAGAAAUAAUGCAUUACUUGAAAAAGUUGAAAAUCUUAAAAAGAUAGUUUCAGAAAUUGAAGAAGUUGAAAGUGAUGUUAAAAAUCAAUUAAAAGAAAGUGAAAAUAAUGUUAAUAAAGCUAAACAGGAAAAAUUACUAGAAAUGUUUGAUCAUUAUAAUGAAAUUAAAGAUUCACUUAAAGAUGGACUUAGUGAAAAAAUUACAGCACUCUCAACUAUUGCUGAUACAUAUGGUGAGGCAUACAAUAAUCUUCAUAAAGAUGUUAUUAGAAAUCAAGGUAAAGCUAAGACACUUGAACAUGAAGCACAUCGUAUUAAGGAAGCAUUUGCUAAUACAAAACUUGCAACUGAAUUACCUGUUCAAGCUUCUACUGCUUAUAAAGAUAUCAUUCAAGCAAUUAAUAAUUCUACAAAUGCUGUUGAUGAAGCAAUUAAGGCUAUUAAUGCUGCUGAUGAACAUACUGAUACAUCAAAUGAAGAAAGUUUAAUUAAUUUAGCCAAAAAAAGUUCUGAAUUUAGUAGUUCACUUAAAGAAAAGGCAAAUGAAAUAGCUAGAAUAUGGGAUGAGGAAUAUUUACCAGAAAAGAAUACUGAAUUAUAUGAAAGAUUGGGAAAUUUAUCUAAAACAAUGAAUGAUUCUGAAAAAAUGUUAAAAACUUUUAAAGAUAAAUUUUCAAAUAUGGAAGAUCAAAAAGAACGACUUGAAUUGUAUCCAUCAUCACUUGAAAAUACUCAUAAAAAAGCUUCAGAAAUUAAAACAAAUAGUGAAAAUAUUGUUGAAGAAAUAUCAAAUUUAGAAAAAGAAUUUAGUAAUUUAGGAAGUUCUACUGGUGGUGAAAUUACUAAUAUUAUUGAUCAAGUUCAUAAUAUUGGAAAUGGUUUAACAAAAGAUGAAAGUAGAAUUAAAAAUAUGAAUCAUUUAGCUGAAAAAAAUAGUAAAAAAAUUGAAGAAUUAAGUCAAAAAUUAGGUAUACUUAAAGAUAGAAUUAAAGAAGCUAGAGAAAGAGCUUCAAGAAUUAAAUUAUCAGUAUCUUCUAAUGAACGUGGUCAUUGUGUAAGAUCAUUCAUUUCACCAGCCUAUCCAUCACCAUCUAAUAGUUUUAAUAUUAAAUAUAAACCAGCUAAAGAUGUUCCUGAUUCAUUAAUUAUGAUAACAAUGACUAAAGGACGUCGUACACAGGCUUCUGAAUAUAUAGCUAUUGCACUUCAAGAUCAAAGAAUUGUUGCUCAUUGGAAUAUUGGUAGUGGUAAAAAAUCUGCAACAAAUAAUCAUCCUAUACGUUAUAUUCCUUCUAGUGAUAGAUUUACAUGGUAUAAUAUUGACUUGAAAAGAUCUGGAAAUAGUGUUAUUCUUAAAGUUGUUCAAGAACAAUCUAUACCUGGUGAUACUCCUAAAAAAUUAACAGAAGAAGUUUCUGUUAUGGUUGGAAAAAUUGAUGGAGAUAGUAAUGUUAUCUUUAAUACUGUACCAGGUGAAACAAAAAUUGGUUUUGGUUAUGAUGGAGAUAAAAGUAUUAAUAAUCUUUUAUCAUUAAAAACAGAUAAAUUUAGGGGUACUGUUGGUGAAUUUAUUGUUGAUAAUGAAAAAGUUAAUCUUUGGGACUUUAGUACUUCAACAAAAGAAUGUGAUGGUGGUGUUUCACCUUUUACUCCAGCAACUGGAGGAUUUAUGUUUAAAGAUGGUUUUGCUCAAGUUCAUAUGACAACAGCUGAAAGAGCCAAUACAAUGUUAACAGUUGAAUUUAGUUCAUAUUCUAAAGAUGGUCUUCUUUAUUUUAGAGGUAAUCCAGAUGUAAAAGAUUUUGUUAGUUUAGAAUUAAGAGAUGGACAAGUUGUAUUUAAAGUUAAUCUUGGUAAUAAUAGUUAUAUUAAAGUAGUAUCUAAGGGACCAUUAUAUAAUGAUGGAAAAGUACAUGUUAUUAGAACAAUUAGAUUUACUAAUCAAAUUCAUUUACAAGUUGAUAGUGAACAAGAUAGAGUAUCACAAACAAUACCUGGAGAAAAUACUGCACUUAAUGUUAAUGAAAAUGAUCAUUUUAUUGGUGGUGUACCUAGUGAUUAUGACACAUCACCUUUCAAUGAAUUUGAUAUUCAUUGGAAAGGUUUCUAUGGAUGUAUAAAGAGUGUCAAACCAAAUCAAAUAUCUGAUUUAGAUUUAGAAAAUGUUGUUAGAAGUCAUAAAAAAGAACCUGGAUGUGGUUAUAAAGAAAAUCAACUUGAACCAAGUGAUCGUGUUAUUGGAUUAGAAAAAGAAGGAUAUUUUGCCACAAAUGGAAUUAAAUUAGAUUAUAAUAGUAGUUUUGCAUUUAACUUUAGAACAAGAGAUGAUAAUAGUAUUUUGUUAUAUCAAACUAGUAGUAAUAUGGAUGGAAAUAAAAAAAUUAAAAGAAAUAUAGAAAUGGAUGGUAAAGGUUUCAUUGCUGCAUAUAUAUUUAAAGGAACAAUUGUUUUAAAUAUUGGAUUUGAUGCUAAAAUUAGAAGUGAAAUGAUAUCACUUAAAUCGAAAGGUCAAUAUAAUGAUGGUUUACUUCAUUCUAUAUUUAUUAGUAGAGAGGAAGAUAAAAUUUAUGUUAGAAUUGAUGAUAAAGAAACACUUAAAAAUUCAUUAAAUACUGAUUUAACAAUAGGAUCAUUAGAUCAUAUUAUAUAUAUUGGUGGUGUAGAUAAUAUUGAAAAUAUUAAUGAAAAUGAAUUACCAAUAAAGAAUGGAAUUAUUGGUUGUAUUUCUAAUAUUUAUUAUAAUUAUGAACUUCAUACACUAGUACCAUUAUCACAUUCAGCAAUUAUUGGAAAUUGCCCUACAACACUCAAAGAACUUCUUUUAUCUCAUGAUGAUUCAAUAAUUAAUGAUGAAGAAAAAAUUAAAAAUUUAGAUAGAACUAUAUCAAAAAUUGUUAUGGGAAAUAUUGAUCCACAUCAAAGAGGUGGAAAAUAUAAUACAAAUGGAGAUAAUGAGGAAGAUGAUGAUUAUGAUAUGAAUGAAUUAGAAAAUGAGGAUAAUGAUAUUAAUAAUAGUAAAUUGACAAAUAUUAAUACUUGUGGAACAUUUAUUAAAGAUGAAGGUAUUACUGCUUCUAGAUUUGGAAUGACUCAUUCAUCACAUUCAAGAAUAAAUUUCAUUGGAAAUGAAAUUCCUGAUUUUAAAAAUUUCCAAUUAAGUCUUGAAUUUAAGACAAAAGAAAAGAAUGGUAUGAUAUGGGUAUGGGCUAAUUAUAAAAGUUAUUCAAGAUAUUUUUAUCUUAAUAUUGUUAAUGGUAGAUUACAAUUAGAUAUUAGAGGACAUAAAGGUUUAAGAUCAUUUACCAUUCCAAAUAUUAAAUAUAAUGAUGAUAAAUGGCAUAAAGUUAUAUUAUUAAGAAAAGAUAGAAAUAUUUUUAUAACUGUUGACGGUAUUACAAAAUAUGUUCUUAGAGAUAUUUCACAUCCUAAAGUUAUGAAGAAACGAAUGUUUGUUGGUGGUGUUAUUUCAAAACAUAAAAAAUUAUUUAAUAUUACUUUACCUGGUUUUAAUGGAUGUAUCAAAGAUUUUGAGGUUAAUGGUAUUAAAUAUCCUCUUGACAUACCAGAAUCUAGUAGAGAUAUUAUACCAUGUUCUGUUAAUGUAAAUUCACCUUCAUAUAUUCAUGAAGGUGGUUAUGCUGCUAUAACAGAACCAUCAAAAUAUCAUAGUAUAAAUGGUAAUACUAUUAAAAUAAGUAUUGACUUUAAAACAGUUACUUCAAAUGCAACAAUAUUUUCAAUUGUUAAUUCAAAUAAUCCUUCAAAUGAAAGAGUUAGUGUAAUGAUUCUUAAUAGAAAAUUAUACAUUGAUUUUAUGUUUAAAUCAUAUAAUAUUAUUGAAGAUUUAAUUUUAAAAACUGAUAUGUGUUAUGGUAAUUGGCAUAAAUUAGCUGUUGAAUUUACAGAACAAGGAACAAUAAUAAAAAUAGAUGAUAUAACUGAGACAAUUCAAACUGAAUUACCAAAUAAACUUUUAAAAUUAUUAAGAGAACAAACUAUUUAUAUUGGUGGUAUAAUUUCUGAUAUUAAAGAUAAAAUUCAAGAAUAUAAAAACUUCAAAUCAAUUAAUGGAUGUAUGAAAAAUUUAAAGAUUGGAGAUAGAGAAAUUGAAUUCCAUCAAAUUAAAAAGUUAAAUAAAGUUAUUUCAAAUGGAUGUCCUUAUAAUCAAUAA